CCCUACGAUAAAUCAUUGCGUAAUCUAUUCCCCGAGCUGUACAUAUCGCGAGAAACGGCAACAUGACACCGCGACCAGAGCACUGCCAGAGCUACUGCCAUCCCGACGACGACGAGGAGUCCGCUGUCUCACCCGCCCAGCUCAAGUGCUGCGCGGGCUGCAAGAAAGUAUGGUACUGCAGCAAAGUCUGCCAGCAGGCCGACUGGCGCCGCCACAUCUUCCAUUGCAACCCCAAGCGGCCCAUCGGCACCGCCUACUACCUCUCGCGCGCGUGCGAGGAGGGCCUCCUACCCGUGCACACGCAGACGCGCAAGGACUUCGGGUUCGAGAAGACGGAGGAGCUCCUCGGCGCGCACGCUCAGCACAAGCUCCUUGGGCUCUUCUAUGGGGUCUUCGCGUACCUCGACGUCUCGGAGAAGGAGGUGCAGCGCUGGCAGGCGGAGGGCCGCAUGGUCGAGGAGGUCAAGGCGGCGUACGCGCGCCUCGCCCCGCGAGACCGCGGCGAGUUCUACGAGUGGUUCCUCGCGCACCCGUACGUUCUCGACGGCGCGCCCGCGGACCCGCAGGCGGCGCAGGAGGUCACGCGGCGCGCCGGCGGGGACGCCAUCCGCAGAGCAUGGAUGAUGUCGGGCGGGUCCCCGGACGACAGCCUCGAGACGAUUGAGCGGAGCAUCCACGCGCUCCCGCGCCAGGUCCAGGCGGUGCACUACUUCUACCGCCUGCUCAUGUUCGAGGUGCACCCCGCGCCGACAGCGUACCACCAGUGGAUCACGUUCGGGUUCGUCGCCGCGCUCCGCCAGGCGGACGAGCUGCCGAUCGGGCAGGCGUACUCGGACCUCAUCUUCAAGCGCUGCACGUUCGCCGAGUUCCGCACCGCGUACCUCUCCGGGACCAUCCUCGCGCUCGCGGAGGCGUAUGGGGUGAGCUUCUCCAACGCGAACACGCUCCCCGCCACGACGCGCGGGCUGCGCGACGUCCUCGCCGAGUCGCCGCGCCGGUUCAAGACGGUGUGGUAUUUGAAGCAAUACAUCGACGAGGUGCUGUGCGCAGACUCCGACCCGCCGCCGCGGCCGCACAAGUCGAUUAGCACGGACUACGGGUUCGGGAACUGCAAGAACGCGGAGGAGACGAAGCUGCUGGAGGAGCUGUACACGAAGUAUUUUGUGCAUGCGGGCGCGGACCCGCUGGAGCUACACAAGGCGUGCAUCGCAGGGGAGUUGAUGAAGUAUCUGGGGGAAUUCGUCAAGUUGAAGCCGAAGACGGAGAAGUAUAAACGGCUGCUGAGGAAUUCUUAUCCGAUGCCCAGCAGAGGGGAGUUGCAAGGUAAGCUAAUAUACUGCAUCUGCUUUGAGACAAGACCUGAGCGCUGA